AGUGUCUUUGUUUCCGAUUAAGUCGAUGAAGAUCGUUGAACAGAAUCAGGAACCAGCUUUUUCUCCCAACGGUCCUAUUUUUCCUGUAAAGCUAUCUUCCUUCCUUUAUUGUUUUUCCCACUUUUAUGGUUAUUGCUGGUUCAGGUUCAGGGAAGCCGUAAAAAUAAAAUGAAAAACAGAGGAACACCUGGUAAUCGUUCAAUUAUUUAUAAGCAAGUUGCAUACAAAGUAAUUUGUAAGCAAUUUGUUCGGUAUGCAUAUGACAUGCAUCCUUGUAUAAAAACCAAGAAACAACUUCACUUUUUUUGUAUAACAUGUGUAUACCUUGCAUAAUGGUUACCAGGUGUUCCUUAUUUUCUUAUUUUUUUGGGUUUUCCCUUUAACGUCCCUUAUUGCUCAAUAUAUGCAACUGUUUGCACGUUUAAUUUAGAGGUUGUUGCCGUUUAUUGGAUGUUUUUUUGAGUGUUUGAUUUCGAUCCGGUGUUGAGAAUUGAUUGAUGCACACCAGUUAACUUAUUCUAAAGCUUGGCAUUUUAUGCUUAUAAGAGAAGAGAUUUAAGAUUAAGAUUGAUUUUGAUUGAAGUGGUAGUUGAUGAAGAAUAAAAGGUAAAACUAAGAGUAUCUCCAACAAUCAAAAAUCAAAAUCUCAAAAAGCAAUAUGCAUUCAAUUGUAAAAGUUUGAUUACAACAUGGAUUAUAUUAUUAAAAUAUUUGAUACAUGUUAUACAAUAUUAUUUCUUUCUUAUAGACAUUUAAUUUCAAUGAUGUGGAAUAAUAAAAAAGUAUUUCUCUCUAGUUAGUUUCUAGAGAGUUCUCCAAGUUUGGAGUUUGGAGAAUCUGCUGGAGCCCAAAACCAAUCAAGAAUCCCAAAAUCCUCAUUUUCUCCACUUUGAAGAAUCUGUUGGAGAUGCUCUAAGGUUAAGUUUAAAAUGGCAAAAGUAUCCAUUACAUACUUGUAUUUAUCCCAGCAAUGCUAGAAAGAGGAAAAUCAUUCAAUAAUUGUUAUGGUUGUAUAUUCUUAGCCUGUAGAUGAGACUUGAGAGUAAGCCGUUUUUUGAAUCAAUGAUUUUUGACCUACUAACUUACUCUAGCAAAGACAUGGAAUUCCAAACGCGUUACUGUUGAGGCGAACUGAUGGAUUCGUAAAAGCUUUGUGACGAUCCAUUGAGGUUCUUCGCCGAAGGUAGAUGUUGGUUGGCAUGUGAUUUCAUUGCCGGUGGGAUUCCAGGAUUAUGUAAAUUGAUUGUGGCCAUUUCAGACCAAAUCAACGCCCUAGGCAGAUAUAGUUUGAUCGGAGAUUGUGAACGGCAGAGGUUGAGGCCCUGGGAGAUUUGAUGGAAUAUCCCAUCUGCCCAAGUCUAGUGAUAGCAGUUCAAGGCAGGCUCAGAUUUCAUCAGAUUCUCAGAGGAAAACGAAAAUAGUGUGUACGAUUGGUCCUUCAACAAGCUCACGUGAAAUGAUAUGGAAGUUGGCUGAAAUGGGGAUGAACGUGGCACGUCUAAAUAUGUCACAUGGGGAUCAUGCAUCACAUCAGAAAACCAUUGAUAUUGUCAAAGAAUACAAUGCUCAAUUCAAAGAAAAGGUUAUAGCGAUAAUGUUGGAUACUAAGGGACCUGAGGUAAGGAGUGGAGAUGUACCUCAACCAAUUCUCCUCCAGGAGGGACAAGAAUUCAAUUUCACCAUUAAAAGAGGGGUCAGCAUGAAAGACACCGUUAGUGUAAAUUAUGAUGACUUUAUAAAUGAUGUCGAACCUGGAGAUAUACUAUUGGUUGAUGGGGGAAUGAUGUCCUUGGCUGUUCAAUCUAAGACCAAAGAUUUAGUAAAAUGCAAAGUAAUUGAUGGUGGAGAAUUGAAAUCAAGGAGACAUCUCAACGUGCGUGGAAAAAGUGCAACUUUGCCUUCAAUAACAGAUAAAGACUGGGAAGAUAUAAAGUUUGGAGUAGACAACUUAGUUGAUUUCUAUGCUGUCUCCUUUGUGAAAGAUGCUGAAGUGGUCCACGAGCUGAAAGAUUAUCUGAAGAGUUGCAAUGCUGAUAUCCAUGUGAUUGUAAAAAUUGAAAGUGCAGACUCGAUAGUUAACCUUCCUUCUAUACUUUCUGCAUCUGAUGGGGCAAUGGUUGCACGUGGUGACCUUGGUGCAGAACUUCCGAUUGAAGAAGUCCCAUUAUUGCAGGAAGACAUCAUCCGUAGGUGCCGAAACAUGCAGAAACCAGUUAUAGUAGCGACAAACAUGCUAGAAAGCAUGAUUGAUCACCCAACCCCAACAAGAGCUGAAGUUUCUGACAUUGCAAUAGCGGUACGACAAGGUGCUGAUGCUAUCAUGCUUUCUGGAGAAACUGCCCAUGGCAAGUUUCCUUUAAAAGCGGUGAAAGUUAUGCACACUGUGGCAAUGAGGACCGAAUCAAGGUCUCCGAUCAAAAUAGUUCCCCCUAUUCGUCAGACUGCUUACAAGAGCCAUAUGGGUGAAAUGUUUGGCUUCCAUGCUUCAACAAUGGCUGACACUCUUGCUACUCCUAUCAUCGUCUUCACAAGAACAGGGUCAAUGGCCGUAAUAUUAAGCCAUUACCGGCCUUUCUCAACUAUCUUCGCCUUCACAAACGAUAAACGACUUAAGCAGAGACUGAUUCUUUAUCACGGUGUGAUGCCCAUCUAUAUGGAGUUUUCUGAUGAUGCUGAGGAGACUUUUGAAAGAGCUCUUGGUAUUUUACUGGAUAAGAAUCUGGUAAAGGAAGGACAUUAUGUGACUCUUGUUCAAAGUGGAGCGCAACCAAUUUGGCGACAAGAGUCUACUCACCACAUACAAGUUCGUAUGGUUCAAGGUUGACUCGCGAUAAAAAAACUUUGUGGAAUCAUCUAGUGCUGCAAUGUGAACCGAGCUCAAGCUCAAAUUCUGUAGGCCCAACUCGAACACCGGAGUUCAAGCGGGAUGAAGGGCGUUGAGUU